AUCAUAUGUGUCAAUACUUGAAUGAAAAUAUACUUUGAAGUAUCUUUUUUGUCGUAUUGUUUCCUUUUUCAUGAUUAUAAUUCAUUGUUUCUGGUAUUUUGUAAUACCUGUGGGUAAUGUCAGUGAAAUGAUCGAUAGGGAUAUAAACACGUAUAUAGUGGACCUGCCAAAGAAAAAGAUUAUUAGAAAGUUUAUUUACAACUUAUUUACAAUAUGUCUCUAUCAGACUCAUCUGUAAAGUCAUAUUUAGACACAAGUUUGAACAAAACCGAUGAAGAAGUCAGUAUCAACGCCUUUUCUUCCGUUCAAUCGAACCAUUUUGAAGACUUCUUGAAAACCAAUGAAAACACGACGAUUCAUGAAAAUCAACAUCCGUCUUGCGAAUUCUAUUCAGCUGCAGAGCCACACGAAAGAAAAAACCAAAGUUUGUACAUUGUAUAUUGUGACAAGGAAAAAGCAGAGGAAGAUGAAAUUAAAAUUUAUAGUAAUUUGGAAGAGUUCGAGAAAAACCUUCCAGAAACCGUGACAGUACUUAAUGCUGGUGAAAAUAAGGCUUUUUUAGUAGGCACUGCUCAUUUUAGUGAAAAAUCAAAGAACGAUGUGUCGUUUGUAAUAAGAAACGUGCAGCCAGAUGUUGUCAUGGUAGAAUUAUGUCCUUCAAGAGUCCAUCUUUUAAGACACGAUGAAAAAACCCUAUUAGAAGAAGCUAAGGACAUAAAUUUGACAAAGAUCCGCAAUGUAAUUAAAACUAAUGGAGUUGUAAAUGGAUUAUUUUAUAUUCUUUUGAUUAACAUGAAUGCAAAAAUUACAAAAGACCUUGGAAUGGCGCCAGGUGGUGAAUUUAGACGUGCAGUAAGCGAAAUCAAUCAAUUGAAUCACUGCUUUGUUUCACUAGGCGAUAGACCAAUUAAUAUAACACUCAAACGAGCCCUGUGUGGAUUAUCACUCUUCCAAAAAUUAAAAUUAGUAUGGAAACUAAUAACAUUCGAUGAACAGAUAACUACUGAAGGAGUGGAACAAUGUAAACAAAAAGAUUUACUAGAAGAACUAAUGAAAGAAAUGACCGCUGAGUUUCCAGCAUUUGGAGAUGUUUUCGUUAAGGAAAGGGAUCUAUAUCUGUGUCAUUCAUUACAGUUAGCUACACUAUCACAGCAGGGAAGACCUACGAAAUCAGUUGGAAUUGUAGGAAUAGGACAUGUGGAAGGCAUUGCAAAGAAUUGGGGUAAAGUAAACCAAAACCAAAUUCAAGAAAUUCUGACAAUUCCCCCUACUAGCAUGAGUAAUAAGGUUUUCCUGUUUACCAUUAAAUAUGGUAUCUUAUCGUUAAUUGGUUUUGGCUUAUUGAAAUUUGUGAAACCUAAAAUAAAAGGAUUUUUGUAAGCACCUAAGUUUUAUAACAAGCACCUUUUUUUAUUUCUUUAUAAAUAUAUCAUGUAAAAUCGUUUUUUUUAAA